GCAGUGAUGUUCAAGCUUUAUGUCCCUGCUGUUUCCCACUGGAUGUCAGGCAGCGGAGCAGCACAGUCAUAACCUCCAGACGUCUCCUUAGCACAGCCGCCUGGCUUAGGAGAUGCCAGUCGGCACCUGCUAACCUACCCGUGUGGAUCCAGCACUGCAGCCGCCCUCUUUGGAGAUGUCAGGUCAGGCACAAGCCAGCAAGAGGGCUCCGGCUGAGAUGGAGCACACAACAAAGCUGUUAGAUACUGAUCACACUCCACCAAUGAAAUUCAGAGACAGGCAACGGUUCUUUGAAGACGUCUUCCAGCCUGAUGCAGAUUUCUACCUCACUGCCGCACACCUGCAAAUUGAGCACCAGAGGCCACCAAUCGGGAGUGUCUCCUCCAUGGAGGUCAAUGUGGACAUGCUGGAGCAAGUUGAUCUCAUGGAUAUGUCUGACCAGGAGGCACUCGAUGUGUUCCUCAACUCCAGCAUGGAUGGCUGUGAGACACCGACACUGCCAGAUGAACAGUUCUACAAUAGUGAGAUCACUAUCAAAGUUCCAAAUUCUGCAGAAACAAAAUCUCGGAUGUCAUCCACUUCCUCCAACUCCACAGAUCCCAACAGCCUGGAGUUCGGUAAUGGUGAUGAGACUCCAAUUGUCCAGUCUGAUGAUGAAGAUGUCCAAGUGGACACUGCAUUACUUACACCGAACAAAAACAAAGACACUGAGACACAAGCUGGAAAUGAAAGCUAACACUAUGCCCAGCAUCACAUACAGAAUAGCUCUUAUCAAUGAAAUGUCUCUCUACUGUAAUGAGAGGGCUGAAGCAAUUAGCAGCAAUAGGGAUAUUCCUGUAUUUUCCAGAUUAUUGAUUCACCGAAUAAUAGAUAUUUAAAUCCCACCCAUAAACUCCUGGUUACCCAUAUUCCCAAUAUCACACACCCUUCCAGUUAGACAGUCCCAGUCACAUACACUCCUGUCACACACUCCAGGGAUCCCUAGUUAUGCAUGAAUUCAAUGAAGCACAGUUAAAUUUAACACACACGCAAAUCUAACAUAGAACAUUCCUUUAAAGGUUGAACAUAUGUAGACAAGUCAUACAUACAGCCAAGAUCAUGGAUGCAGUAAAAGCAUGUAGACACAGAUGGACACAGUCCAGUGUGGAACAAUGACAUUGGACAAAUGACACAUAAUGCCAAUGGUGACACCACAAACAGCUAGCAUGAGGCAGACUAACCAUUAGGCACUAUAGUAACAGUCACUGUCAACUUUCUAACAGAGACAACUGAAUGAAUCCUUUAGCACCAAGCACUGAUGUCUAAAAAUGUGACCUUAGCUUGAGGAACUGACAGUAUGUUGGAACACAGUGAACUGCCAUUCAAUAAAUCUGCCAUAAAGAUGAUGUCAGAUUGUAAAAAGCUGCUCUGGAGAUUUCUUUCUUAAUAAAUUUACGAUGGCCAAUCAUUUGAA